AUGUUUGAGGAGAAACUUCUUGUGUCUAUUGCUUCGGCUUUCUCGACCCUCGCUGUCGUCGCCUGCCUUGUCGUGGUCCCAUCCCUUUUCUCGACCAUUGACGAGAUCCACGCCGAGGUGCUCGAUGGAGUUCGUGUGUUCCGUGUUGAGACUGAUUCCGCUUGGACCGAGAUGAUGGACAUCCAGAUCACCGUCACCCCACCAACCAAGCCACGUGUCAACCCAUUCAACUCCGUGUUCCGUCAAAAGCGUCAAACUUUCUCCGGACUUCCAGCAUGGUGUCAAUGUGAGCCAACCAAGCCAACCUGCCCACCAGGACCACCAGGACCACCAGGACCAGCUGGACAACCAGGAACCCCAGGAGCUCCAGGACCAAAGGGACCAGACAGCACCACCACCUACGCUCCAAUCAACUGCCCACCACCACAAUUGGAUUGCGUCAAGUGCCAGCCAGGACCAGCCGGACCAGCCGGACCAUCAGGACCAGCCGGACCAAAGGGACCAGACGGACGUCCAGGACAACCAGGAUCUGCUGGACACCCAGGAGCCCCAGGACAGCCAGGACCAAAGGGAGACAACGGAGCUCCAGGAGCCCCAGGAGGUGCCGGACAGCCAGGACGUCCAGGAAAGGACGGACAACGCGGACGUGGAGCCGCCGGAGCUCCAGGAGCCCCAGGAAAGGCUGGACCAGCUGGACCAGCCGGAGGACCAGGAAACAAUGGAUCCGAUGGAACUCCAGGACCAGCUGGACCAGCUGGACAACCAGGAACCCCAGGAAACAAGGGAUCCGAUGGACACCCAGGAACCCCAGGAGCCGCUGGAGGACCAGGACACGAUGCCGCCUAUUGUGCCUGCCCACCAAGAUCCGCUGUCUUCGUUGCCCGUCGUCAUUGA